AUGGCGUACGACAGGACAAUAAGGUUUCCAAAAAUAAUCACACAGACGUCGGUUAAAGUUGGACCUGGAACGUACGAAAUAUCGGAUGUUACUUGUCCCGAUAGGCAUCUAGCUGAGUAUACUCCCUUUCUCUGCGGAACUGAAAGAAAAACUAUUGAUGUGCCGAAAGAGAUCGCACGAUUGCCAGAGAAAUCUAGAUGUAGUGAAAAAAUUGAAAAAUUACAGGGCGGAGUCAGCAUUGAUUUUAGGGAUAUUCGGUUUAAGGAAGAGAUAAUUGAAACACCGGGUCCAAUUUCUAAUUUGACUGAGACUUUGGUUAAAGAAAAAAUAAGAUCUCAUCCCGGCACGUGGAGAGGUCCUCCUGGAAAAUUAUGGCUAACGCGACCCCCACCUUCGAUCAUUCCAACGGCCACAUCGAUUCCAGACAAAGAUUAUACGGGAUAUGACAUCAAUGAAUACGGCGUUUUCGUGAAAAAUCCUCCCAUAAAGAAGAAGCCAACUUAUUUUUACAAUGUUCAUCGAGGAGAAACGAAUGCUACCACGUUAAUGUACAAAGGUAAUUUUUGGAGCAGAAUGACGGGAAGAACAGAGCAACAACCCUUCAUAACUCCUGGCCCUGGCCAUUACGAACACGAAAGGAAGAAGACAGCCAAUGAAAUACACGAUGAGAAGAUAAGAGAAAUAAAAAGAAUGACUUCCUUGCAGCCACGUAGCUUCGAUAUAUUGUAUAGAGUAAAAAUGCGCGAGAAUUUGCCAGCACCAAAUGCUUACAAGAUAAAGAGUGUUUUUGACAAAUAUUCUAAGAGCAGAUGCAAAUGCGAUACAUAUGUCGUUGAACCAGCACCUUUCGGCCAAACUGCCAAGAGAUUCGUUGAUGUAGAUUCUGACAUACCUGGCCCGGGUACAUACAAUCCCGUUGUCGCUAUAAAGUGUACACCUUCCAUUUUCUCUGCCCCAUUCGGUUCUUACGCGACUCGUUUUAAAAAAGAUCCUGCGCACUUUGGACCAGGACCCAGCGAUUACGAUUUGAAUGCCGGUAAUUUAGCUUUCGAGUCGGAGAAGCGUUACAAAUAUUCCUACGCAAAAAAAAUGAGACCACAGACAUACUUGGAUACAAUUUCUUAUGGCGAGGAAGAAGAAGAAUGUUAUACCCCUCGUUCCCCCCCGAAAAGAAUAGAAGAAACGAAGACUCUUGUGCAUCACGUUGCUUUUAAAUCGAAAGUAGAAAGGUUUCCCGAAGUUGAAAAGAGAGGCCCCGACGCCGGUAUUUACGAGACCUUGAAAGCUUUCAAAAGAAAUCGUGACAAAUGCGAAUUCCCCAUGUUACACGUCCCCUUCGGUACGCGCGGCACACGAUCUUCGAAGAUAUGGUUCGACACCAAGAAAACGCCAGAUCCAACCUCCUACCAUCUGUCCAAGGAUAUACUGAAGAACGCGAAGGGCGGUGUGAUCGACAGAUCGACGAAGAUCGAAAAGUACACGCCUCUGCUGGGACCCGCUUACUAUACCACUACAGAUUUAAGACGAUUGUACGAGAACAUGUCCGAGGAUUCGCAUGUUUGCGCUGAGGUCGUUUGCUCGUUUUUAUUACCUGAGAAUAUAUACAGGCACUCGAGAAAUUACGAUGUUUAA